UCUCCCUCUCUCCAACUUUUCACUCUUCUCUCAAGUCUCAACAACAAUUAAAGAAGAAAAGGUAAAGUUAAGUCUGUCAUGGCAAAUCCUCCCACCAACACCUCCUCCUUACAUAUUCUUCUUGGAUUCUUUCUCGCUUUAUCAGGGUUGGGAUUGCUACAAGAAGCAAAAUCACUAGGCAUAAACUACGGUCAAGUGGGGAACAACCUCCCGCCGCCGGAGAAGGUUCUCGAACUCCUCCGGUCCCUAAAGCUGAGCAAAGCCAGAAUCUACGACACGAACCCGGAAAUCCUAGCCGCAUUCGCCAACUCCAACGUGGAGCUCAUCGUGACCGUCGAAAACGGCCUCCUCGCCACCCUAAUGGACCCCAACCAAGCCCUCCAAUGGGUCCAAACCAAAAUCAAACCCUACUACCCCGCCACCAAAAUCACCGAGAUCGCCGUCGGCAACGAGGUCUACACCGGCGACGACACCACCCUCAUCUCCUACCUCGUCCCGUCAAUGGUCAGCAUCCACUCCGCCCUCUCCCGCCUCUCCCUCGACCAAUUCAUCAAAGUCUCCACCCCAAACAACCUCGCCGUUUUACAAGAAUCCUUCCCGCCGUCGGCCGGCAGCUUCCGGCCGGAGCUCGCCGCCGUAAUGCCGCAGUUUUUGCAGUUUCUGGCAGCCACGAAAGCCCCCUUCUGGAUCAAUGCCUACCCGUAUUUCGCGUACAAGGACAGCCCGAGCAAGAUCCCGAUCGACUACGUUUUGCUCAACCCGAAUAACCCGGGGAUGGUGGACCCGAACACGAGGCUGCAUUACGACAACAUGCUCUACGCGCAGGUGGACGCGGUCGUCUUCGCUAUGGCGAGGCUCGGGUUCGGGGGGGUCGAGGUCCGGGUGUCCGAGACCGGGUGGCCGUCGCGGGGGGAUGUGAACGAGGUCGGCGCCACGCUGCAAAACGCCGCCGUUUAUAAUAGGAAUAUUCUGAGGAGGCAGAUGCGGAGUGAGGGGACGCCGCUGAGGCCGAAUGCCAGGCUCGAAACCUACGUGUUUGCGUUGUUUAACGAGGAUAUGAAGCCCGGCCCGACUUCCGAGAGGAAUUACGGGCUUUUUCAGCCCGAUGGCACGAUGGCCUACAAUGUCGGGCUCUCCGCAUUGUCCACGACUUCUUCCACCUCGACUUCCACCUCCAGCUCUUCGUCUCCGGCUUCAAUCUCGUUGACUUCCGCGGCAACCAAGGUUAAAAGGAGGGGAUAUUCGAGCUUGCCAUAUUCAAUAGUCAUAUAUUUGCUGGGCUUCCAAGUUUUUAUGAGAAGACAGUGCUAAAAUAGAAGGAUAUAUGGUGCUCAUGUAAAUACAACAUCGACUGAGGUUGAAGGAAGAAAUUAAUCGGAUCUGUGUUUUCAAUUUUUUGGCAUAUUUGAGAUGGGAUUCUUAAUUGUAGCCAUUAUUCAAAUGCCAAAAAAAGAAAAACACAGCCACCUAGCUAGCUAGCUAAUUUAAUUAUUGAGUUGGAUACAAAAUUGAAGGAUUCUUUGUUCUGAUGCCAAAGACAUAAUAUGAAUGACCAUUCAUUGA